AUGGCGCUGGAGCGUCGGGCCCAUACCCGGCUGGCAGUCAGAAUGGGACGGGAGCGGCCGCGGGUGUGCGUCUCUCGGGGUCGGGGGUCGGGGUGUCAGCUCCAGCCGCCCUUCCCUGAGUGCUGGGUCUCACCCCUGCGGCGUCGGGCCCUGGGGACGCUACGCCAGGACAAUUUUCUGGUAGCUGCUACUGUGGGCCAUGAGGACCCAGUAGCUGUGGAAGGAGACGGAAUUCUCCUUUUGCCAAGGAGGGAGUGGAGGAGGAAUCCCACACCAUUUGAGGCCACAUUUGCUGGUUUCUCCAGACCAGACUUGGAUUCAGGUCCUAGUACUACUGCCCUCAGUAGUGGGAGGGCACCUGCAGCUCCACUGGCAUGGGCUCCUCAAGGGCCAAGGUCAGGUCACCUUCUUUCGAAGGAGCCUCGGAACCGCACGAGCCAGAAGCCUGGUUGCUGCAACUGGUGUCGCUGCCAGUGACCUCUCAUCAGACUGCAGGGCCAGAAGCAGACCAAGUCCUUCCCACAGCCCGCGGCGCUGGCCCCCAACCGGGACUGCUUCUUCCUCAGGCCCUGAAUGCUCUCCUUCAUCUUGCACAGCCCCAGCCGGCUCGGGUCCACCGGCCCAGAGGAGGAGAUGCCACUGUCGCCACCGCUGCAAAAUGUGGCCUUAGAGGCAAAGUUUGCAGCCUUGGCAGAGAACCUCGGAACCGCGCGAGCCAGAAGAAGCCUCGUUGCUGCAGCUGGUGUCGCCGCCGGCGCCCUCUCAUCAGACNCGGCCACCCGUUGCAAGGAGCUGGGGCUGGCCGCUGCCGCCGCCUGGGAGCAGCAGGGCCGGAGCCUCUUCGUGGCCAGUAUGGGGCCAUUGCGCUUUCUGGGGCCGCCGGCCGCCGUGCAGCUCUUCCAGGGGCUGCCGCCACAGACGGAGCACCCCUUGGCCCCCGACCUGGCGUGCAACUGGAAGGAUGACGAGCUUCCCGACUACACCUACUGCAACCAGCCGCGCUGCGGUGGCGGCGGCAGUGGAGGAGGAGGAGGACCUGUUGGGGGAGGUGGCUUGCUGCUGCAGCCUCUGGAUGCUGGCUACUGCCAGGCCCCAGAGCAGCCCCUGCCAGUGAUCGGCUCCAGGCCCACCUCUCCUGCCUCAGAGUGUUCCUUCAUUGAAGCCACCGGCGACACUCUCCGAGCUGGAAGCAUCACCGCUUGGUCCGCCCAGCAUCAGGCUGAAAGCCGCAAGGCGGACUGUCAGAGGCUCCCCGAUCCCUGCGAAUUCCUUAGGGAUUCGCCCCCUGAGCCCCUAGACAUCAAUCAGCUGCCGGGGUCCAUCGUCCUUGAGGUGGAGCUGGACGACUAGGCCCAGAGAUGCGAGUGUUCCCCCAACCCCGCCCCUACCCCCUUCCCGAGGCUGUCUCUGUCCUCCCCCUGUGCAAGGAGGAGUGGGAUUCCCUGAUUCCCUGACAGCCUGGGGUCGCUUGAAGGGGAGACUGGGCAGCCAGUCAGCCCCGUGCUUAAGGCCUGUUUUGAAGUAGAAAAGCUUGGAGUCUGCUGAAUGCCUUGUAGUAGAUUAGGUCUGUUUCCACAAUUCAGGAUUCAUUUAUUGCAUUAGCAAAUCCCGACAUAGAAACUAUUAGAUUUCUGUGGAAUAAAUAUAUGCAUACUUGAGCAAUUUAUAUUUGGUGGGUAACAGCUUUACAUACCGAUGUUUGAAAAGUUUUCAAACUGUUUUCAGGUUUGAUCGCUGCUAGUUAGUGCCAAUAACUUACAAUUAAGCAUGUACCAUGAUCAGUCACUGUACCAGAGCUUUAUAUAUACAAAUCCCAUGGGUUCCUCCAUUUGAUGCUGUGAGAUAAGUCCUGUUAAUAUUUACUGUAUUCUAAAAGAAACUGACAUUCCAGUGUUUUGGGACAGAUGACUUAAACGCCAGUGAGCCUGGAAGAAGAGGAAUUUCGUGGUUGAAUGACUGGUUCAAGGUCACACCCAUAAACUAAAGAGCAAAUCUGGGACUUGAACUAGGGACUUUUGGCCAGCUUGACUUGAAAAACAAACCAAGUCUGUUGUUUAUGCUGUUGUUCUUCCUUCCUAUGUCCUUACCUUUACGUGCAGAAGUCGGAAGUUUUUAUGUUGGGGAUGGGUGAGUGAAGAAGUGAAGUGCCUGGUGGGAAUUUUAUGUCACUGUCAGUUACUAAGUAAAAUGUCCUGCUUUGUCAGCGCUAGAAACAAACUUUGUGAUAGUUGUGUUAUUAACUUGUUUCUUGUCUUUGUUCCCACACUUUUUUCUGGAGGUUAUAAAAUGAGAACUUGAGUUUUCAGUGUGGAUGAUAUUUAAAUAGCACUAGCCAGAAAGAACCUUCAGGAGAAUGUGGCUACUUUCAUUGUUACUGAAUUAACUGCCAAUGAAUUGUAAAUGUUACUGUCACAUCAGUGUACCUUAUCUGAGUAGCCUUUUAACAUAUGUGUAUUGUGUGUUUGAAUCUGUUGCUGUGACAUUGAUGUUCUUGUGAAAAAUACAGCAAAAGAUGAAAUAAGUUCCCCA